UAAAACCGUCUUUUCAGGUGACAAGUCCGAGAUAGAGAGAGAUAUAUAUAUAGAUGCGUGUAAAUAAAUAUUGUUGGCAGUGAGAACAAAUAUCAUCAUCGGUGUAUCUCUUUCCUUCUCCUCCGGCAGGAUUCGACUCUACAGAUUCAUCUUCUGGGUUUGUUUGUUUGUCGGAGUUGAGCAGCAAUGGAGGGAAUGCUCUCUUCGAGUGAGCAGGAGAGAUUAGUCUCCUCUUUCCUUGAGAUCGCUGUCGGGCAGACAUCUGAAACUGCUCGCCAGUUCUUAGAGGCAACAAGCUGGAAACUUGAGGAAGCUAUUCAGCUUUUCUACGUGGGAGGCGAAGUUGGUGUUCUUCCAUCUGGUGGUACACACACUCAGCCAACGGUCGACGAUCCCAUGGCUGCACACUCUUGGGGGGCGGCUGAGACAGGAAAUGAAAGGAUGCAGAACGAAGUAGAUGAAGUGCGUGCUCCUUUACCUGUUGUGAGGGAGACUCUUUACGGUGACUCUAUGUAUUAUGGGGGUACGAGAGUGGGAAGCUCUCAGCGUGAACCAGCUUCUUUGAUUGCUUUCCGUAACUUCAGUGAAGAGCCAAAAAGCCCUGGAAUCUGGGAGCCAGAUGAGGGUGCUUCCUCUGCCUCUGGCUCAGCUUCUGCACCAGAGGCAGCAUCAGCUCCUCGUGAUAGCUUGGCCUCCUUGUACCGUCCUCCUUUCCAUCUUAUGUUACACGGCUCCUUUGAGCAGGCAAAAGCUACUUCAUCUUCUCAAGAUAAAUGGCUUCUCGUCAACCUCCAAUCUACCACGGAGUUUAGCUCUCACAUGCUAAACCGAGAUACUUGGGCAAAUGAAGCUGUUUCUCAGACUAUCAAGGCCAACUUCAUCUUCUGGCAGGUCUAUGAUGAUACCACGGAAGGAAGGAAGGUUUGCACUUACUACAAGCUCGAAUCCAUUCCUGUGGUGCUUGUGAUUGAUCCCACAACUGGUCAAAAGAUGAGAAUGUGGUCUGGAAUGGUCGAACCCGAGACUUUGCUUGAGGAUUUGGUGCCGUUCAUGGACGGUGGUCCUCGUGAACACUUUGCUUCUCUCUCAAAGAAGCGGCCAAGAGGCAGCUUCUCAUUGGCUCCUCAUUCCAAACCCAAAGAGGUUGUUGCAAAAGAUGAGGAAGAAGAAGAACUGCAACGAGCAUUGGCUGCUUCCUUGGAAGACAACGACAUGAAAGAGUCUUCAGAUGACAAAUCAGCAAUAAUACCUGAAGAAGAAGUAGUUGUUGAAGCUGUUACAACAACGGUGCUGCCAACGUUCCCACCUCUCCCGGAAGAACCAAAGGGAGGCGACCGCAGCGUUCAAUGCAGAGUUGGGAUCCGUUUACCAAACGGACAGAGAGUCCAGAGAAACUUCCUCAAAACCGACAGUAUUCAGCUUCUCUGGUCUUUCUGCUAUUCUCAGCUUGAGGAAUCAGAGAGGAAGAAGCCACUGAAGCUAACACAGGCGAUUCCAGGUGAAUCAAAGACGUUGGAGUUUGAAUCUAACUUAACCUUGGAGCAAUCUGGUGUUGCCAAUUCCAUGAUCUCUGCUACAUGGGAAUGACAAAAUCAUAUCUAUUAAACUUUAUCCUAUGAUGCUGUGUUUUAACUUUUAAGGUUUAUUAGAUUUGUUCUUUUGAGAUUCGACCUUUUGAGACAAUGAAAAAUUUGUGAUAUUUUAUUUGCUACGAAUUGGAAAAAUAUAUAUACCUAUCAUCAGAUUA